AUGACCAAAUUAAAUUGGCCAAAUCCAUUUCAAGAAGAGGAUCCUGAUUUUGAAAUUUUGGGAUCUGGUAUUAUUAAUGGAGUUCUUUGUCUAAUUAGUUGCUCUCAUCCAACUCUAAAAUUUGUAUUGUGGAACCCAACUACUCAAGAAUUGAAGGUUAUUCCUAACAGUCCUUUUGAUUUCGUUGGAGAUGAACUUGAUAUUACUGCACAUGGUUUUGGCUAUGAUUGUGUUGGAGAUGACUAUAAGGUGAUUCGAGAGAUUUCACUUGAUCUAGAAUAUCUAGAAAGUGACUAUGACACUGAAAUUGUGUCAUUGGGAAAAAUAUCUCAUAACCCUUUUUGGGAGAUAUAUAGCCUACGAAGUAACUGUUGGAAGAAACUUCAAUAUGAUAUACGCCAUGAAUAUUCAAGUAAAGGAGUGUGCUUGGAUGGAGUGUGUCAUUGGUGGUGUGAAAGCAACUAUAAUGAUGAUAAAGAUAAUGGAAUAUAUCUAUUGUCAUUUUACCUAAACGAUGAAGUAUUCCUUAUCACACCCAUAGAAGACCAUACUUUUGAAUUAGGGACUACAACAAGAGAGUUAUGUGUGUUAAAUGGGUUCAUUGCUUUAAUCUCAACAAAUAAACAAAUGGAAUCUCUUCACAUAUCGAUUUUGGGUGAACUUGGUGUAAAAGAAUCAUGGACUAAACUAUUUAUUGUUUGCCCCAUGCCUUACAUUAAAUAUUCGACAGGAGUAGGAAAAAAGAGCGAUAUAUUAUUGGUAAAAGAAGACGGAAAACUCCUCCGUUUUAAUUUAAGCACACAACAAAUUGAGGAACUCAAAUUUGCAGCAAGUCAAUUUUUGGGUAGGACAAUACUCUAUAAAGAAAGUCUUCUUCCAAUUUUGGAGUAG